AUGCCGUUUUUGUCCCUCCGUCCAUUUGUCCAGUUAGUUUGGACGGAAAAUCGCACGUGCGCCGCACGUGACACACAAAAACACCCCACUCCCCCUCAUAAUGUUCAGAUUUUCAGAAUAUUACAUAAAUAUCCAAAUUCUCGGCCAAAUCCUAAGCCCAAAUUUUCGAAGCAAGAGUUGUGCGUUAAGCGUCUGUACAACUUCAUUUUGCAACCGAAAUUCUCUGCAACGAAAUCUCUGAGGAUGAGGGCUUCUGAAAUAUCUCUUGUUUGUAGAGCAAUUACUGCUAAUUCUUCUCAUGAACGCGGUAUUUUUACUUCUUCUUUCUCUUUCUCCUGCCACAAAUUUUCAACUGCGUCCAGAACAGAUUCGAUUUGUAUAAAUGAAUUAGAUGAAACUGUUUUCUUGAUUCGUAAAAUGAUGAGAGUGCGACCACAGCCCUCCGUUUUUGAACUCACCAAACAAUUGCAAGUUAUUGUCAAGAUGAAACAAUACUCCGUCGCCCUUAAACUGUUCGACGAAAUGCGUCAAUGGGCUGGCUUCCUUAAACACGGUUACGAGGCAAACGUUACGACAUUCAACACUCUCUUAAAAGGUCUCUUUUUAGAUGGUAAUGUGGCCGAGGCGGAGAAAUUGUUCAAGAAGAUUUUGACUUUGAAACUCUGUCAGCCAGACGAUGUUACGAUUCUUACUGUGAUUGACGGGCUCUGCAAAGCUGGACGUGUUCAUACUGCCCGUGAUUUGCUUUUGUUGUUGGAAAAGACUAUCUAUAAACCCAGUGUUAAGGCCUAUAGUGCGGUAAUUGAUUGUUUAUGCAAGGGCGGAAUGGUGGAUAAUGCACUCGAGCUCUUGUUUGCCCACUUUCUAAUUGUGCUUUCAAUGAUGAAUUCAUAA